GUAGAAUUUUACCACCCUUGGUUGUAAAUUUUUGACUAAUUUAUGCAUUGAUAAAAGAUAAGUGGUUGGUGACUUUGUUUAACAGUUGCAAUGCCAAUGAAAGGGAUGUCUUCGACAAGACUAUAACAAUAAGAUGAAUUAUUUUAGUUUGGUCUAUGAUUACCCCUUCUUGAGGGUAAGUGCUUGUCAAUUGCAAAGGAAAAAAAUUUUCGAUAGUCUCUUUGGUUAUGAUAUAAUCAGAUCCAAGCCAUACAAUCUUCAUCACAUAAUCAUUACUUACUUACCGCACUAAGGCAAAGACUGUUCAGUUCUGUAUUUCGAAGCAAAAGGUAGCUGGAAUCCCAGCUUAAUAAACUGCACACUUGUGCCAUUUUCAACUUGUUGUCACUUCUGACAUCUAAUCAUAGAAAUGUCCACAAAAAAUGGUAGUUUUGAGUCCUCAGUUUUGUGAUGACCCAUCUCCCGUACUCUUGAUAGGAUUGCAUUUAGGGGUGGAUAUCGGUUUAGUCAUCAGUUGACUUUAAUGCAUUCAAAUGAUGUUCAUGUUUAGUCAUCAGUCCAAUUGCGGCAAGCAUUAUUGGUAUUGGAAAUUCUUCAGUUAUAAUCGGUCUCUGGCCUGCUCAUUUCUUCUGGACAUGCUACUGUGUAGGAAGUACAAAGAAGUUAGGAAUGAUUCUCAAGAUAGUAACACUGAUUUCCUUGCCAUUGCCGCUUGUAUUGUGGCCGAUUGUUAGUAUUCUUGGGAGCUUUGUAGGUGGGAUGGCAUUUGGCUUUUUUGCGCCAUUACUUGCAACUUUUGAAGCUGUUGGAGAAGAUGUCACAGAUAAAUGUUAUCAUUGCAUAAUUGAUGGCUGUUGGCCAACACUUCAGGGAAGCUGCACGGUGGUACGAGAUUUCACUGAUUUUUGCUUCCACUCCUACUUCUCCUACAUGGAUGAUCUCAUCAUGGAAAAGCCUGCUGAUGAGAAUACUGUCGAGUUAAAGCUAUUGCGGUUGCCAGGUUGUUUAUUGAUCAGCUUACUGGGAUUAUUAGUAGAUGUACCUUUAGUAACAAUCCUUGCUCUUUGGAAAAGCCCGUACAUGCUUUUUACCGGAUGGAAAAGGCUAUUAGAAGAUUUUCUCGGAAGAGAAGGACCAUUUCUAGAGACAGUGUGCGUCCCAUUUGGUGGUCUUGCCAUUAUACUUUGGCCUCUUGCCGUAGUUGCAUCAGUUCUUGCUGCAUUCUUGUCUAGUUUUUUUCUUGGACUCUAUGCUGGUGUUAUUGUUCAUCAGGAAAAAUCUUUGACAAUGGGACUUGCAUAUGUUGUAGCAGCUGUCUCCCUAUUCGAUGAGUAUGCUAAUGAUUUACUUUAUUUGGAGCCAGGAUCACGCCUUCCCAGGCCAAAAUAUCGAAAGAAUGUGGACUCUACAUCUCAGAGCAUACAGAAAAAAACCUCAUAUGAUGGCCGAGAUGAUGUUGAAAAGGAUGGAAAAGAAGGGCCAAGUGAUACAAAGUUGACCUCGCAACGCUCAAGAACAUUGAAAGCUGCAAUUCAACAUUAUAAGCCAAUAAAGGUACUGGAUUGGUUGUUUAAGUCAUGUGAGGUAAACGGAAGAAAACUGCUUCAUGAUGGUGUAAUCAAUAUGAAAGACAUAGAAGAGUGUGUUGUAAAAGGGAACUGCAAGAAGUUGGGCACAGCACUACCAACAUGGUGCAUCAUGAAAUGUUUGCUAGCCUCUGCAAAGUCCGACUCACCUGUGUUGGUAGUCUCUGACGAAGUUGAUCUAACGAUUACCAGUUGGCCAAGAGAGAAAAUGUUUCAAUGGUUUAUCGAACCUUUAUUAGUAAUGAAAGAGCAGAUCAGAAAAUUAAACUUGGAUGAAACUGAAGAAGCGUGUUUGAAGAUAGCAAUUAUGCAAAGCAAAAAUGAGAGACCAGACCAAUGGGAUGAUAUUGGAUUUCCAUCCAAAGACAACAUCAAAAGAGCGCAGCUACAGUCUGUCAUUAGAAGAUUACAGGGAAUUGUGGGGUCAAUGACAAGAAUGCCAACUUUCAGACGUCGGUUUCAAAAUCUCGUCAAAGUUUUGUACACCGAGGCUGGCAUGACUGGCGCAUUGGUGAACUACAUUGUUGAGAGCUCAACCAAAAGGGACAAUUUCGAGGGUGAGAAGAAAGAUGAGACUUCAAAAGAGAAUAAACAUGUAAAGAGUAUGUCUGGUGUGGAAAACAUCGUAUAGAUUGAAGAGUUACUAGUUGAAGAUAGCACGAUACAUCGUCCACGGCUCCAUGCAAUGAAUAGUUUUCUGGUAAAGAUUGAGCAUGUUAUAGCAAUCAGCUUAGCAUAUUAUUUGUAGAUUAUACUUAAAUUUUGACAUAAAACUAUAUAUAUUAUGUAUAUAGAUGAUCUUUAACUAGUUCUAAUAGAUGUUUGAAGCUUCAAAGGUAGUUGCACUAUUGUUUUGAACUUCUUCAGGAGAAUAUAUGUGCAUGAUUAUUAAAAUUGAUUUUUUUGUUGUAAUUAGUAGUUAUCGACGAUUUAUAUAUAUAGGGAUAGAUUAUUAAAUGUAUCAUAAAAGGUAGUUUAUUGCAAAA